AUAUGAAUGUUGCCCUACAGAAUGCACUUUCUAGUCCUAUUUACCCUAAUUUAAUGGAAAACGGAAGUUUUCUGACGACUGGGAGUGAUGGAUGGUCUGGAGGUUGUCAAGGCAACUUCCUAUCAGGUGACCCAUACUCCAUUGAGAAAGCUGCAAGAUUACACAGGAAUGCUGCAGUGAUGUGUGAUGCUACUUGCACCUGGAGUGGACAGCUGCCUCCUAAGAUUUACAAAAACCCCAUUUACUCCUGCAAAGUCUUUCUCGGAGGGGUUCCAUGGGAUGUCACUGAAUUAGUUUUGAAGCAGACCUUCAUAGAGUUUGGUAACAUAAAAGUUGAAUGGCCUGGCAAGGAGAGUUCUUCAAAUCCUCAGAAGGGUUAUGUGUACAUAACCUUUGAGCAUGAGAAACAGGUUAAAUCCUUGCUGUCUGCUUGCACCCAAGACUUGAGCAUUGAUGGUAAUUAUUACUAUAAAGUGUCGUCCAGAAGAAUGAAACGCAAAGAUGUACAGGUGAUUCCUUGGGUAUUAAGUGACAGCAAUUAUGUGCGUUGUCCUUCAUACCAGCUUGAUCCUGCCAAAACGGUCUUUGUUGGUGCUUUGCAUGGGAUGCUAAAUGCUGAGGGACUUGCAAUAAUAAUGACUGACUUGUUUGGAGGUGUUGUUUAUGCAGGAAUCGAUACUGAUAAACACAAGUAUCCCAUUGGCUCUGGACGUGUGACUUUCAACAAUGUGCCUUCUUACAAGAAAGCAGUACGUGCUGCCUUCAUAGAAAUCAAGACUCCAAAAUUCACCAAAAAGGUGUAG